GGUCAUCUCCAAUUAAUUUCAUCACGUACUGUUGGCCUCUUCUUCUGAAAGUCUAGUAAAGCUGAGACAAGCAAUCCCAAGCUUUGUGACGUCUUUGUCCACUUCUUUCACACUCCUUCCGAAAUACUUCUUUGUAUAAUCGCUGAGCUUUGAUCAGCUUCUCUUCUACACCUUUUUACGUUAUUCUUGGUCUCUAACAAAUCAGACCACCAUGGAAGCCCUCAAAUCCGCCAUCACUCCCAUCACGCAUAACCUCCCCGCGCCGAUUCGCGACUUGGGCGUUUCCAUCAUCGGCGAGACGUGCUACAAAUCUCUACUUCUCGACGUCAAUAUUGAGGAUGCCGAUUGCAUCAAGUUUGCUGUCUCCAAGGCUCUCGGCAUCGGUAUCAUCGCCGCUUCGUCCAUCGUCAAGGUCCCCCAGAUCCUGAAGCUCCUCAACUCCAAGUCCGCCGAGGGUGUAUCGUUCCUCUCAUACCUUCUCGAGACCGCGUCGUACAUCAUCUCGCUCGCCUACAACUUCCGAAAUGGCUUUCCUUUCAGCACCUAUGGCGAGACUGCCUUGAUCGUGGGACAGAAUGUUAUCAUCUCGGUGCUUGUUCUGAACUACAGUGGCCGUGCUAGUCUGGCUGCUGUCUUUGUUGCUGCGCUUGCUGGAACUGUUGCUACACUGUUUGCUGAGAAUGUUGUGGAUGCGCAGACCUUGAGCUACCUCCAAGCUGGUGCUGGUGUUCUGAGCGUUGCCAGCAAGCUGCCUCAGAUCCUCACCAUCUUCCAGCAGGGUGGUACUGGUCAGCUCAGCGCUUUCGCUGUCUUCAACUACCUUGCCGGAUCUUUGUCCCGAAUCUUCACAACCCUCCAGGAGGUCGACGACAAGCUCAUUCUUUACGGAUUCGUCUCUGGCUUCGUCCUCAACGCCAUCCUUGCUCUCCAGAUGAUCUUCUACUGGAACGCUCCCUCCGAGAAGGCCAAGGGCAAGCAACCAGCUGCUCCCAUUGCGGCCAAGCCUGCUACUCUGACUCCUUCUUCCUCUACCACUGCUACUCCCAAGAAGAGCCCUACCACUCGCCGACGUGGUUAGAUGGUUAGAUUCUUUUGUGUGGUUGCGUUUGCUUUAUAGACUGGAUUUGUCAUAGUCAUUUUUAAUAAGAUUUCACUUUGUUACGUG